CAUCACCCAUCACCCAUCAACCACUCAUCCAACCCCGAUCGCAAAAACCAGCCCUACGCAUUUCUCUCCUCUCACCAACCGUCGACAUAUUAUACUAUAUCACUUCGUUACUGUAUAACAACCAGUACAGUACAUCAACCAUUCAUCUUCGAUCGGCGGUCAUACAUCACAUCUCUCUCCUCUCCCAUCACGUAAAGAUCCCCCUCAUCCAAGCGACUGGACCCGUCACAUCACACCGCAGCCCGCCACACCACCGACCCCCAAAAUGACCACCCGCCUCACCCCCCUCUUCAUCCUCCUCGGCGUCCUCCUCGUCCUCGCCGGCAUCGGGUAUGUCGCCUACUCCAUCGUCCAGGACGUCUCGCGCCACACGCGCUCCAAGAUGGAAGGCAAGAACGUCCUGUUCACCCGCGAAGGGAUGAAGGUGGGCGUGCGCGAGGUCCAGGAGGAGGAGUAUGUGGAUCGGAGUCAGAGCAUCCUCGUCAACAUGUGGAAUCACACUUCGUUCCCCGCGUACAAGAGUCGAUUCUGGGAUAUGAACAAGCCCACGAAUUGGGGGCAGGCGAGUCAGAGUGCUGGAAGUAGUAAGCGGAAGUGACUGGUCGCGAUGCGGAUUAAGGAUUGGAGGACAGAGGAGAAGAAGAGGUGUCGUGCUUUUCGAGCGACAAAAGCAUCGCGGGUAAACUGUACUCGGGAAUGGGUAUGCUUUGCUUAACCUUGCCUUGUAUCAAGGAAGGUGGAUGAUGUAUGCAUUAUGCUGAC